AUGAGGCACUUCAGGCUCCGGGAUGUACAAGAUGUUGCUGUUUUUCUCAGCAUUACAUUAUAUAUGUGUCACCUAGUUGGAGCCAUCUCCAUCCAUUCUCUGCAGAGGAGCCUCAUUAGGUCAGUGCAGGAGGAUGUGUUUUUCUCUGUGGACAUUACCAGUAACGGGAAUCACACCAUACAAUGGACCUUUAUGUCAGGAGCAGUGAGCCGCACCAUAGGGACAUGGCAGCCAGGGUAUUACACUAACAUCACGGUAGAUUACAGCAGCAGAGUGCAGUCCUAUAAAAAUGGCUCUAUGGGUCUGUCCGACCUGCGGCUCCAGGACGCUGGAUAUUAUGUGGUUACAGUCACAGAGACAACAGGCAGCAGCAAGGACGCUGGGUUUGUCCUGAAAGUGAACGAAGUGCUUUAUGAGGAUCUUCAGUACCUGUCCGUGUCUGCGUUAGCACUGGCCUGUUUGGCUGGCCUUCUCAUGCUGGCCAUGUGGCUGCUAGACAAAGCCUACAGGAAGAUAGUAGCAUGGAGACGCAGGAAACAGAUGCCAGGUAAAGAAACGUAG